UCGGACUCAAAUUCUCCUAUAGUUCAUGAUAACUUGUCUUUAUCAAAAAAUAAUAAAUUAAUCUACAACUCAAUCGAUGGUUCCGAAAAGUUAUUAAGUAUCGCUGCUGUUUGGGACUAUUUAAUUCAAUUCGAAACUCUAAAUUCGGAUAUCUUAAAUAAUCAAUUAAAUUUAGAUUUAGAUUUCUUACAAAUUAUAAAUAAUUUAAAAGGUAACGAAAAAUGUUAUGGUUUAGGCCCUGCUUAUCCAUUAUCAAAAAUCAAUCAAACUAUUGUUGCCUACUUAAAUAACUAA